AUGUCAACAGACAAUACAGAAUUAUUAUCUAAAUUCCUUAAUGAAUAUAAUCAAUUAAAGAAAUAGAAUUAAGAAUAUCAAUUGAAAGAAAACUCAACCUAUUAAUCAUUAAUUAAUGAAAAUCAAUUGUUAGUAUAGGAAUUAAAUAGGAUCAAAAAAGACAAUUAAAGAUUGAUAGAUAACAAUACAUUUCUAACAGAUUAACUAAAUUAGUUAAAAGAAUUAUAUUAAGAAACUAAACAAGAAUUACAAGAAUCAUUUAAUUUCAUCUAAACAAUUAAUAAAACUAUGAAAACUGGUACAUUUGAACAUGAUGAUAGAGAUAUAAAUAAAUUAAUGGAAAUAUUCUCUGUCAAUUCAAUGGAAUAAUUAUUGAUAACAGCAGAAAAAAUUAAGACAGUCAUGUUAGGUGUUGCUCAUUUAGAAUCAUUCUGUAGAUAAAUCUGUGAAAUUAUAUAUGAUCAAAAUGAAGAACAAUAUAAUUUAGAAUAAGUCUUUCCCAUCAUUCAAAAAUGGAAAUUCGAUUCUAAAUAUGUAGAUUGUUUUUUGAACUUCAAAAAUUAAUUAGAAUAAACUUUAUCAUUAAAAUAAUCAACCGAUUCUUAAAUUAUUGAUGCUAUUAAAUCACUCUAAAACACAUCCAAUAAUGAUAUUCAAACUAUUAAAUCCUUAUUUAAAAUAGAAUCAAGUGAUAAUUUGAUGUUUAAAAUGAAUUAAACCUUCAUUUUAUUAUAAGAUAUUCAAUAAUUUAUUAAAAUAGCUAAAAGAUUAUUAGACUUAGAUGAAAAUAUGAAAAGUGAAGCUUGUAUGAUUUACAUUCUAAAAAUUAUUGAAAAAAUUAAAUAGAACUAAUUUAAUGAUCCUGAUCUCAUACUCAAAAUUAUGAAGACACUCAAAGUUGAUCAUCCAUCCCAAAUCCUUAACAAAUUAGAAUAAUGUACAAUAUGA